AUGUAUGAUUUUACAUCUGGAAGUGUGGGACGAUCAUUUUUUGGAAUAGAAAUUCUCACUAAAUCUCUUACUUCAUAUUUCUUUGGCUUUUAUUUUUCUUAUUCAUUUGAUUUUCCAUUUGAGUGGAUCGGAAUCCAUUGUCCCAAUAGUUCCAAUAGUUUCAACACUAUUAAUACUCAUACUUCAAGUUUAUUCUCUGUAAUUGGAUUUAUAUUUAAGUGCAACAGCGUAGAAGCAGCUGUAGUGGAUUUUGCUGAAGUAACUAACGCUAAUAGUAGUGAAGUAGAUGCUGGAUUUGAAGAUGAAGUUGCGCCUACAUGA